UGCUGGUCAUUUCCCACAACAGAAGAAAAUGAUCAAUGCCCAGGAAUCGCUGACCCCAGAGGACGUGGCCGUGGAGUUCACCUGGGAGGAGUGGCAGCUCCUGGGCCCUGCGCAGAAGGACCUGUACCGGGACGUGAUGCUGGAGAACUACAGCAACCUGGUGUCAGUGGGGUAUCAAGCCAGGAAGCCAGAUGCACUCUCCAAGUUGGAACGAGGAGAAGGACCAUGGACAAUAGAAGAUGAAACAUGUAGUCGAAUCUGUCCAGAAGGGACUGUUCUACAUCAGUUCCAGUCCAACCUAGGUCAUAACUUAUGUUUGCCUCAGAGACCUUCGUUGUACAAUUGGUCUCAGCUCACUGAUCAUGAGAGAGUUCAUACAGGAGAAAAACCUUAUGGAUGCAGUAUGUGUGCAAAAGUAUUCUCCAGAAAGUCCAGGCUCAAUGAACAUCAGAGAAUUCAUAAAAGAGAGAAAUCCUUCAUAUGCAACGAAUGUGAAAAAGUCUUUACCAUGAAGAGCCGUCUGAUUGAACAUCAGCGAACUCAUACUGGAGAGAAACCCUAUGUAUGCAAUGAAUGUGGAAAAGGCUUCCCAGGCAAGCGUAAUCUCAUUGUACAUCAGCGAAACCAUACUGGAGAGAAAUCCUAUGUAUGUAGCGAAUGUGGAAAAGGCUUCACUGGGAAAAGCAUGCUUAUCAUUCAUCAGCGAACUCAUACAGGAGAGAAGCCCUACAUCUGUAGUGAAUGUGGGAAAGGCUUCACCACUAAACACUAUGUCAUCAUACAUCAACGAAAUCAUACAGGAGAGAAACCAUAUAUAUGCAUUGAGUGUGGGAAAGGCUUCACCAUGAAGAGCCGUAUGAUUGAACAUCGGCGAACUCAUACAGGAGAGAAACCCUAUGUAUGCAAUGAAUGUGGAAAAGGCUUUCCUAGCAAGAGUAAUCUCAUUGUACAUCAGAGAAACCAUACAGUAGAGAAAUCAUAUCUAUGCAGUGAAUGUGGAAAAGGCUUCACUGUGAAGAGCAUGCUCAUCAGACAUCAGCGAACUCAUACUGGAGAGAAACCCUACCUAUGCAACGAAUGUGGGAAAGGAUUCCCCUUGAAAAGUCGGCUGAUUGUACAUCAACGAACUCAUACUGGAGAAAAACCUUACAGAUGCAGUGAAUGUGGGAAAGGUUUCAUCGUGAAUAGUGGGCUGGUGUUACAUCAGCGAACUCACACUGGAGAGAAACCCUAUACAUGCAAUGAAUGUGGAAAAGGUUUUGCCUUUAAGAGCAAUCUUGUUGUACACCAGCGAACUCAUACCGGAGAGAAACCCUUUAUGUGCAAUGAAUGUGGAAAAGGCUUCACCAUGAAACGAUAUCUCAUUGUACAUCAGCAAAUUCAUACAAGAGAGAAAUCUUAUAUAUGCAGUGAAUGUGGAAGAGGCUUUUUCAUGGAAACUGAGCUCAUUUUACAUAAGCAAAUUCAUACCGGAGAGAAACCUUAUGCGUGCAAUGAAUGUGGUAAAGGCUUCACUGUGAAAAGCCGUCUGAUUGUUCAUCAGCGAACUCAUACAGGAGAAAAACCCUUUAUAUGCAGUGAAUGUCAAAAAGGCUUCUCCUCAAAGAGAAAUCUCAUUGCCCAUCAGCGAACUCAUGAUGGAAAUAAACCAUAA